AUGAGUUCCGUUGCAAAUCAAUGCGAGCCUUGUGACAUUGGUGGAGACAACAAACCUGCUAGUGGUUGGUGCAGAGACUGCUCCGAGGCUUUGUGCGAGGAGUGUCUUCACAGUCACAAAAAAUUCAAACGUUCUAGAAAUCAUGAAAUAGUUCCUCUCACUGUAGGGGCUAUUCCUUCUACUUCUACCCCAUCACUGGAGAUGUGCGAGGAUCAUGAGGGGCGAAAAAUUGAAAUGUUUUGUGAAAUUCAUCUCGCACCAUGUUGUGUCCUCUGUGUUACAACAGAACACGGUAAAUGUAAAAGCAUUUGUUUGAUAGAGGAAGCGACCGAUAAAGUAAUAAAACCUGGGAAAGUAAAACGCUUGCGAGAUGAUGUCGAUCGACUUGAAGUCAUGUUAGAAAAGGUUAUUACUGAAGAGAAAGCCAACAUCAAAGAAGUUGAAGAUGUAGCCGAGAAGUUAGGAAACGAAAUUUCGGGAGCAAAAGCAGCCAUUAUUGAAACUGUAACAAAGCUGGAGGAACAACAUUUAAACGAAGUAGGAAAAGCAACCAAAGAUGCUAAAGCAAAGCUUCAAAAAUCAAUCAACACUUUCGAACAGAGGCACUGUUAUCUUCGCCAUUGGAAAGAAAUACUCGGGAAAAAUCUAUUCACUGAUGGGUCACCAAAAACAAUUGUCGCAUUGUCUUAUACCAAAAUGGAACGAAUAUUUCAAACUUUGAGAAAAAUGGAAAUGUCUCGGCUCAAAAUUCGAAUUCAAGCCAAGAUACAAGAUGACGUUAAGAAAUUGAUGAAGUUACCUUUGCUUGCAGAAAUUACCACGAAUGAACACAAAAGUCCUGUAAUGCUAGAUGAAAUUGAUAUAGAAAAUGCUGAAAUCAAAAAGAUUUCUGAAUUUACAAUUGAUGGUGCUGAUUUCAGAGGAGGGGUUUAUCUCCAGAAUGGGGAAUUAGUACUGGCUGAUUAUUCUAAGAGCAGACUCAUUCACUGUAGAACAGAUGGGGAGAUUCUGAGAGAGGUGCCUCUACAAGGUUCUCCAUGGGACAUUUGUGUCAACGAAGAAAAUGAUAUUUAUGCAACACUUCCUGCAGAAAAGAAAAUUUUAGUUAUAAGUAUUGAUACAUUCAACACAACAAAAACUGUUGAAGUUGAUAUGGAGUGCUAUGGAAUAUCGCAGUCAGGCAACACUAUUGCAAUAGGUGGUUUAACUGUUCUAGAAGUAUUAAGCGCGGAUUUUCAAAAAUGUAGUCGUUCAAGUGAUGUAGAAAAAUUGUACGAUGUAGCAGUAGAUAUGGCGGAAAAUAUCAUUAAUUCGAGUUACACCAGACACAAAGUCUGGAAACAAGACAGAGGGGGAAAUGUCUUGUUUACAUACAGUGAUGCAGAAUUACAACGUCCAUAUGGAUUAACAGUGGACAGGGUUGGAAAUCUAUAUGUGAAUGGUAACCUCAGCAACAAUAUACACAUACUCUCACAGACCGGUAAAAAGUUAAGAAUUCUGAAUGACGUGAAGAAGCCACAGUGUAUUAAAUUCCAGAAGACGUACAGAUUCUUUGUCGGUGAGGCAGGGGGACGGGUGAAAAUAUUUGAAUUUAUUGCAUGA